CCGGCCGGGCGGAGACGGGCCGGGGCGAGCGGGCGGAGCGGGGCGGGCGGGCGCGGCGGUUCCGGCCCAGCCAUGGCGGACGAGGCCCCGCGGAAGGGCAGCUUCUCGGCGCUCGUGGGCCGCACCAACGGCCUCACCAAGCCCGCGGCGCUGUCCUCCGGCCCCGCCAAGCCGGGGGGCGCGGGCGGCUCUAAGAAGCUGGUCAUCAAGAACUUCCGAGACAGACCCCGGCUGCCCGACAACUACACGCAGGACACGUGGCAGAAGCUCCGCGAGGCCGUGCGGGCCGUGCAGAGCAGCACGUCGGUCCGCUGCAACCUGGAGGAGCUGUACCAGGCUGUAGAAAAUCUCUGCUCCCAUAAAGUCUCUCCGACACUGUACAAGCAGCUGCGCCAGGUCUGCGAGGACCACGUCCAGGCACAGAUCCUCCAGUUUAGAGAAGACUCGCUAGACAGUGUCUUAUUCCUGAAGAAGAUGAACGCAUGCUGGCAAGACCACUGCAGACAGAUGAUCAUGAUCAGGAGCAUCUUCCUGUUCUUGGACCGCACCUACGUGCUGCAGAACUCCAUGCUUCCUUCUGUCUGGGACAUGGGAUUAGAACUCUUUAGAAACCACAUUAUUAGUGACAAGAUGGUUCAAAGCAAGACGAUCGAUGGAAUUCUGCUGCUAAUUGAGCAGGAGAGGAGUGGGGAGGCGGUGGACAGGAGCCUGCUGCGGAGCCUGCUGGGCAUGCUGUCCGACCUGCAGGUAUAUAAAGAUUCCUUUGAAGUGAAAUUUUUGGAAGAGACUAAUUGUUUGUAUGCUGCAGAAGGCCAAAGAUUAAUGCAAGAGAGAGAGGUUCCAGAAUAUCUUAACCAUGUAAGUAAACGUUUAGAAGAAGAAGGAGACCGAGUGAUCACAUACCUAGACCACAGCACACAGAAACCGCUGAUUGCUUGUGUGGAGAAACAGCUAUUAGGGGAGCAUUUGACAGCGAUUCUGCAGAAAGGGCUCGACCACCUGCUGGACGAAAACAGGGUGCCGGAUCUCACUCAGAUGUACCAGCUGCUCAGCCGUGUCAAGGGCGGGCAGCAGGCGUUGCUGCGGCACUGGAGCGAGUACAUCAAGACUUUUGGGACGACAAUUGUCAUCAAUCCCGAGAAGGAUAAAGACAUGGUGCAAGACCUGCUGGACUUCAAAGACAGAGUGGACCAUGUGAUCGAGGUGUGCUUCCAGAGGAACGAGCGGUUCGUCAACCUGAUGAAGGAGUCCUUUGAGACAUUCAUCAACAAAAGGCCCAACAAGCCUGCGGAGCUCAUUGCAAAGCAUGUUGAUUCGAAGUUGCGGGCAGGCAACAAGGAGGCCACAGACGAGGAGCUGGAGCGGACCCUGGACAAGAUCAUGAUCAUCUUCAGGUUCAUCCAUGGUAAAGAUGUCUUUGAAGCAUUUUAUAAAAAAGAUUUAGCAAAACGACUCCUUGUCGGGAAAAGUGCCUCAGUCGAUGCUGAGAAGUCCAUGCUGUCGAAGCUCAAGCACGAGUGUGGUGCGGCCUUCACCAGCAAGCUGGAGGGCAUGUUCAAGGACAUGGAGCUGUCCAAGGACAUCAUGGUCCACUUCAAGCAGCAUAUGCAGAAUCAAAGUGACCCAGGCCCUAUAGACCUCACCGUAAAUAUUCUCACAAUGGGAUACUGGCCGACAUACACGCCCAUGGAGGUGCACUUGACUCCAGAAAUGAUUAAACUUCAGGAAGUAUUUAAGACAUUUUAUCUCGGAAAACACAGUGGUCGAAAACUUCAGUGGCAAACUACUUUGGGGCAUGCAGUUUUAAAAGCGGAGUUUAAAGAGGGGAAGAAGGAGUUCCAGGUGUCCCUCUUCCAGACAUUGGUGCUUCUCAUGUUCAACGAGGGAGAUGAGUUUAGCUUCGAGGAAAUAAAAAUGGCCACCGGCAUAGAGGACAGUGAGCUGCGGAGAACGCUGCAGUCCCUGGCCUGUGGCAAAGCACGUGUGUUGACCAAGAGCCCCAAGGGGAAGGAGGUGGAAGACGCAGACAAAUUUAUUUUCAAUGGGGAUUUCAAGCACAAGUUGUUUAGAAUAAAGAUCAACCAAAUUCAGAUGAAGGAAACCGUUGAGGAACAAGUGAGCACCACUGAGAGAGUGUUUCAGGAUAGACAGUAUCAGAUUGAUGCUGCUAUCGUCAGAAUAAUGAAGAUGAGGAAGACUCUCGGUCACAAUCUUCUAGUUUCUGAAUUGUAUAAUCAGCUAAAAUUUCCAGUAAAGCCUGGAGAUUUGAAAAAGAGGAUCGAAUCCCUUAUAGACAGAGACUAUAUGGAGAGAGACAAGGACAACCCCAAUCAGUACCACUAUGUGGCGUGACUGUCAGCAGACUGUUUCCUUUUUGUGAAACAUUAGAAUGUAUCUCAGAGCAGUAAUAAGCACGUCUGUGCGUGUCCAGGACUCUGUAACUGAACCAGCUGUGGACACUUCGCAUGGGAAGGAAAGGAGCCAGUUCUUGGACCAUCCUUCAGAAGGCUCAAGGAUUUUCAAAAUGGCAAAUGUAUCCUUUUCCCCUCUAGUUCUUUUAGGCAUUUAAAUUGUUUCUAUUACUCUGUGCAAAAUAACUUUGAGAUUGGACAAGAAGAUACUGGUUAAAACAAGUCCUUUAUGAGGUUCUGUUCUGUGGCAAACAGCUGAAAGUUUGGUUUGCUUUUGUGUAUGUUCAAGAACGCACAAUGAAAAAGACCCCAGAUGCUGCAGUAUUGCAUUGUAAAGAUUACCUGUAGUCCUGAAGAUAUGCAGUCUAGGUUGGUGAAUAUUUAGAAUGAAAUAAGAAUCCCUCAUUGGUGAACAUCAGGCAAAAUAGUGUCCAAGCUGGUGAAUCAAUUAUGCAACCUAAACCCUGGCAUCUGUGUGUUUCCUGUAUUUUCAAAAAGUUUUAAAUUUUCGUGACUGCUUUUUCAUAAACCAGGUUUCUAAGUGAGACCCUGAUGUGCCAAGAGGAUGCUGUGUCCGGCGUGUGCGUGUGUGUACGUGCGCGUGUGGGCACGUGUGUGCGUGCUCGUGCAGUGUGUGUGUGUGUGUGUGUGUGUGUGUUGAGCCCGCACGCCUGCGCUGUUUCCCCUGAGUUGAAUAUUUUCUGUUUAAGGGUUUGGGGGGUUACUGUGUUUGUGUUUCCAUUCUAAGAUUGAGUCUAGCAGUCCCUGUUUUUUGCAUUGGGAUAACUGCUGUUUGAUUUUUUUAAAUUGCAGUAUUUGUAUGAUUGCUAUGAUAAAGUUUGGUUUGGUUUUUACAGUCAAGCCCGGGGACAGUUCUUGUCCUCUGCUGUACCACUGUAAAAAGUUCUAUGGAGACUUGAAGUCUUGAUGUUGUGAAGCAGAGGUUAUUUUGUUGAAAGAUUAGAAGGAUUUUGUUGGUAUCUGGUUUCAUGUUGUGUGUGUGUAUAUAUAUAUAUAUAUAUAUAUAUAUACACAUACAUGAGGUUGAACAGCGAAAUGAAAGUUCAGUAGUGAUGUUAGUAUGGUAACUAUGGCAAAGAUACUUUUGUGAUAACACUUAAAAGUACUUUAUAUUUACAUUAUAGCAUGUUUCACUUUGAUUGAAAGCUACCAAAGGAAUUUUGAUCAUGGUAUAAAGAGUUUAAAGCAAUAUUUUCUGGAAUAUACCAAGUUUGUAUAAUUUGAUUUUGUGCUAAAUUAUUAAAAGAUCCUCUUUUUUGAAACAUGCAUGUUUAGAAUAUGACACCUUAUGGGUUCCCAUAUUUAAAAUUCUCACUCUUUAAUUAUCAUCAUUUCUAUAUUUGUGAAUUUUCAUUUGCGUUCCAUGAUAUAUGGUCUGUGAAAGAUCAAACAAAUUUCUAUUUGUUUCCUAUAUUUUAAGUUCAUUGUGUCUAGAGAUUGUUAAUAUUGUAAUUUAAUGUAGACUCCUUUGAAUAAAAUUAGUUUAAUUGGCCUUAAAAUUAAAUUAAUAAAACUUUGUGAUAUGCAAA